GAGCGGGCUGGCUUCCCAGCGUGCCGCGCGCAAAGCCCGCGCGCUGGCUGGCCGCCUGUCUGGUCGUCGCGCGCCGUGAGGAGGAGACGAAACAGAGGCGGCGGCGGUGAGGUGGACUCACGGAGAGAGGGGCUCGGAGGGCGGAGGCGGCGGCGGAGGGUCCGACCAUGUCGGGCGAGGAGGAGACGUCCGAGCUGACGAUCGCGGAAGACGUGGUGGUGAACAAGUACAAGAUGGGGGGAGAGAUCGCCAACCGAACCCUGCGUACUGUCACAGAAACAGCUAAGCCUGGAGUGUCUGUUCUCAGCUUAUGUGAAAGAGGGGAUGAGAUGAUUAUGGAAGAGACCGGCAAAAUCUUUAAGAAGGAGAAAGAUAUGAAGAAAGGUAUUGCUUUUCCCACAAGUAUAUCAGUAAACAACUGUGUCUGUCACUUCUCCCCCUUGAAGAGUGACCAGGAUUACAUCCUCAAAGAGGGUGAUUUGGUCAAAAUUGAUCUAGGAGUCCAUGUUGAUGGCUUCAUAUCAAAUGUAGCACACAGUUUUGUCAUUGGUGCAUCAAAGGAAAGUCUGGUGACAGGUCGUAAAGCUGAUGUCAUCAAAGCUGCUCACCUCUGUGCUGAAGCUGCCCUGCGCUUGGUCAAACCUGGAAAUCAGAAUUCCCAAGUGACCGAUGCCUGGAACAAGAUAGCUCAUUCAUUUAACUGCACACCCAUUGAAGGGAUGCUAUCACACCAGCUAAAGCAGCAUGUGGUAGAUGGAGAGAAGACCAUCAUUCAGAAUCCCACAGACCAGCAAAGAAAGGAUCAUGAAAAAGCAGAGUUUGAGGUCCAUGAAGUUUACGCCAUUGAUGUUCUUAUCAGCACUGGAGAAGGGAAAGCCAAGGAUGCUGGGCAGAGAACUACUAUUUACAAAAGGGACCCGUCCAAGCAGUAUGGUUUGAAAAUGAAAACUUCCCGUGCCUUUUUCAGUGAGGUGGAGAGACGCUUCGAUGCUAUGCCAUUCACUCUCAGGGCAUUUGAGGAUGAAAAGAAGGCCAGGAUGGGGGUAGUAGAGUGUGCCAAACAUGAGCUGCUCCAACCUUUUAAUGUCCUCUAUGAGAAGGAAGGAGAAUUUGUUGCCCAGUUUAAGUUCACAGUGCUUUUAAUGCCCAAUGGUCCUAUGAGGAUAACCAGUGGCCCCUUUGAGCCUGAGCUCUACAAAUCAGAAUUCGAGGUGCAAGAUGCAGAACUGAAGGCACUCCUACAGAGUUCAGCAAGCCGUAAAGCCCAGAAAAAGAAGAAAAAGAAGGCCUCUAAGAAUGCGGAGAACGCCACAACAGGAGAAACAGCAGAAGAGAAUGAGACUGGCGACUGACCGGCUUUAACUUCUCUGCAUAGCGCCUGAUUCUUUCUCUCAUAUGCCCCCACUCAAAACAAGAGAAACAAAUGUCCCCUAACGGCUGUUUGUCUCAUAGGACCAAAUGACAAAUAGCUUGGACUUCCCACAGAGUGCAGCCAGCUGUCGAUUGACUUUGCCACUGAGGGAGGAGUCUCUUGGCCACUUCAGAAUAUUUUAAAAGGGUGAACUAAUAAAAUCAGGAAAAAACCUAGCCUACAUCCAGUCUUUCUAAACUUUGAUAAUAAUUGUGUUCAUUAGAGGCAAACACACAAUGUUCUGAGCAAGAGGGAAUGUCCAGUUAGCUCUCCCACCCUUCUUUUUUACAGGUAUGCCCAUCCUCUGAAAAAUUCUUUGGCAUCUUUCCACAACUGUUCAAACACACAAACACUCUGUCUUGGGAUUCCAUUUCAUCCACUUAGUAUAACCUGCAUGCUCGAUUGGUGUUCUGAUCCUUUCAUUUCUCUUUCUUCAUCUUACAACCCUAGGGUAUUCAUGUGUUUCUUUUUGUGCUUUUCUUUUUAAACUCACAAUGUUGUGUUUUUAAGAAAGCUGGUUUAAAGAUCCGUUUAUAUGCAGACAUCUUUUUAGUUUUUUCAAAAUCCGUUCAUGUGAUUAAUUUUUUUAGAAAAUUAUUGUUCCGUUUAAAUACAUGUUAAUUUUUUCAGCGUACCUUGCAAUAUUUUUUAAAGACUCAGAGGCAUUGCAGCUGAUCUUUUCAGAAAUCCACCAGCUCUCAACAAAAGCUUUGACAGUUUUGUUCUGCAUUGAUCUUUUGAACACGGUUGCUUUCUGUAGACAAAAAGUCACCACUGUCCUGGUUGAUAGGUUGUGUAAAGCAGGAUUUUUCAGAAGAAUCCUCACCAUGUGUUCUUUUUUUAAAAAAAACACAGUGAAAAGCUACAAAAGUGGGUGGACCUGGAGGAUACUCGGUUAAUGAGGAUCUUUUCUAUAGUAUGUUUUUUUUAAAAUUGUCCCAUUGAAUUGUAUAUUAUUAUGGGAUUUUUUUUUCCUGUUGUAAAAACCAGGUUCCUGUCUAGGCAUUUAUUGUAGCAGAAUUGAUGCCUGUAACACUGCCUUGUAAGGAACGAAAGUACCGUCCUCUUGGACAGGAAAAGUCCUUCUGACCAAUAUAUUGGGAGUUUAAUAUUUUCAACAAAAGCUUAGCAGUUACUACCAAAGUUGAAUUCCAUACAAUAAACAUGUGUUGUUUUUCUCUGAAAAAUCUUUUCCAUCCCUCUUUGUAAACUUUCUAUUUUAAUUUCUAGACUGUUCUUUUGCUCUUUUUGUAAAGGGUGGCUUUGAAUGCUCAGACGGGGAUCAAAUGGGGAACUGAAUUGUCUGGAAGUGGGAGGAUCAUGCACAAUACUUGCAAUUAACUGCCAGUUUAAUUUUAAACUGCUCAUAUUUGUUAAAACACAAACUUAAGGGAAAUGGGUGGGAUGGGAAAAGGGGGAACACAACUUGUUCCGAAGGAGGAACAUUUUAGCAUUUAUAAGUAACAUGUUUUCUUACUGCCCUUCUGUAAAGGAAAGGCUCAAAUCAGCCACAUUACCAGUUUAUGAACCACUAUGAAUUGCUAGCGGUUUAUUUAAUUUUCUAUCUUUAUUUGAAACUUUAAAACAAUUGUAUCUCUCAGUUUAAAAAUGCAGUUGGAAGUUUUGGAAGAAAAUUCCCACCAAAUGUUCUGUAAUUUGAUUUUUUUCCAAAUAAAAUUGAUUAGACAUCUA